AUGAUGAACAAACCAACAUCAAGUCACCAGAUCAAGUAUCUGGCCGUGGUUGCCUCCCUCGUUUUCAUCUGGCUCGUCUGGCGUCUCGAUCUUCACUCAGAGGUGGCCGAGCAUGCCCGCAAGAUCACACAUCCCAACAGCACGCCCUACGAUGGCCUCGCCAAAGCAGGCAACAGCGAGGUCCUCCCUUCCGCAAAGGCCGUCGAGUACUGUGACCACUUCCGCCUGAAGCCGGCCAACACGGAGCUGGUCCGCAAGCGCAAGGUGUACGACCUGCUCCUCAUCAACACCGAAGUCGAGAUGCUCGAGGUCCGCCUCGGCCAGAUGGCUCCCUACGUCGACUACUUUGUCAUUCUCGAGUCGGCCCUGACCUUCACCGACAACCAGAAGCCGCUGUACAUCAAGGAGAACUGGGACCUCUUCAAGCCGUGGCACCACAAGAUGAUUCUCCGCGAGAUGGACCUCGAGGCCCUCAAGGAGAGCAGCACCUGGGACCGCGAGGCCAAGAGCCGUAACGCCAUGUAUGAGCAGGUCAUCCCCACGCUCGAGGGCGAGCAGCAGGCUUCCAUUGACGAUAUUCUCAUCGUCUCCGACGUGGACGAGAUCCCCAAGCCAGAGGUCCUCCGCGCCCUGCGCAACUGCGAGAUCCCGCCCCGCGUCUCCAUCCACUCCAAGAUUUAUUACUACUCCUACCAGUGGCUCUCCCGCAACGACUGGAACCACCCCCAGGCCACCGUCUACCGCGGCGUCGACACCGUCCUCCCCCACGACCUCCGCCACAACGCAAACGACCACCACUUCAACCAGGGCGGCUGGCACUGCAGCUACUGCUUCAGCACCGUCGAGGAGAUGGCCCAGAAGAUCAACUCCUUCUCCCACGCCGAGCUCAACAAGCCCGAGUUCAAGGACCCCGACUGGAUUGUUUCCGUGGCCCGCCGCGGUCACGACAUCUUCGGCCGAGGCGAGUCCAACUUUGACCGCAUCGAGGAGAACCACGACGUGCCAGACUACGUCAAGAAGAACUCGGACAAGUUCAAGUACCUGCUGGACCGCGAUCCGCUCAAUGCCAACUUUAGGGACUACACCCCCAAGGCCACCUCAACGCCCGCGCCUUAG